AUGACAUCCCUGAUCUUUGGUUCAAUCUGGCUGGGCCAUAAGGGCCUCGUACAACAUAAACGCGAAAAACAGAGGCAGAAAAACUACGAACGAUGGGAAGGCCUUCGUGACGAGUAUGAUGAACAGCGAAAAAUAACCAGGGAGUCGAGAUCUCUUGAUAUCCAACGCACCGGGCAAGGUGUGGACUACGACAAACCGAUCUUGACUCUUCGUGACCAACAAGAGGCGAACGAUGCCCGUACGAGCUGGCGGCCUCAGGAAGCAUGGGAUGAUGUUCCUGAGAGGAGAGCCAGCGUCGAAGUAACAUCAGGUGCAGGCUUGAGACCUCUGGCAACUCACAAAACUGGAGCCACUUGGGAUGAAGGGUUGCCGCAACCCUUGAGAGUCAGCAGGCGCAACUGGGACGAUUAUGUACCGCCAGUGAGCAGGAGUAGCAGCCUCAGAAACCCAAGCGGGUCCAAUUCACCCCGAGAUGGCAAUACCAGCAAUCCCUCAUCGAUAAACAAAGUUUCUCCUCGCCUGGAUGUGCCCGCGCCUGCUAGCACCACUACUUCACAUCCACAUGCCUCCAGGUCCACUAGCAUGCCUGCAGAGAUGCUGCAGCAUCAAGCUGUUGAACCGAUUGAGCAUUCAACCCCCGGUGGGCGCAUGGCAGAGUUGAUUGAAAUGAGCAACCCUCACCGGCCUGUGCCCUAUCCUAGCCAGGCGCCACAAUCAUAUGCAGGCUAUCAGACUCAACCUUACUUACCGCCGGCACCUGUUGCUCAACCUGUUGAUGGAAGUAUGCACGAAUGGUGGAACAGGUCCUGA